CACCCCACAAAUAAAAAGGGAUACAAGGUGUAAGAAUCCCUUGUGCUCUACAGAGCUUCAGAGCUCUCUUGUUUCCGGUGCUUUCUCUCUUAAUUCCACACCACUUCUUAUUAUUUAUAUUCUUGAGAGAGAAAGAUAUCUAGCUGGAUAUAUUCAGUCAUGGGAAGGGCUCCUUGUUGUUCUAAGGUUGGUUUGAAUAGAGGUCCAUGGAGUAACAGAGAAGACACAUUACUCACCCAGUAUAUUGAAGCUCAUGGUGAAGGCCAAUGGAGAUCCUUGCCAGAAAAAGCUGGCCUCCUCAGGUGUGGAAAGAGUUGCAGGCUAAGGUGGAUGAACUAUCUAAAACCAGACAUAAAGAGAGGCAACAUAACCUCCGAUGAAGAUGACCUAAUUAUCAGACUACAUUCAUUACUUGGCAACCGUUGGUCUCUCAUUGCCGGUAGGCUUCCAGGUCGAACUGACAACGAGAUCAAGAACUACUGGAACACCCAUCUUAGCAAAAGACUCAUAUGUGAAGGAACCGACCCAAACACCCACAAAAAAUUAUCUGAGCCGAUAGCCAAAGAAAAUAAAAGGAGAGAGAACCAAAGUUGCAAGAACAGAAACAAUAAGAAGGAAAUGGUGAAGACGAUGAUGAAAAGCAAGACGAAAACAGGUCAACAUGUGGAGCCACAAAAGCCUAAAGUUCAUCUCCCAAAACCCACUAGGAUUACUUCCUUUUUGUCCCUACCAAGAAAUGACAGUUUUACUAGCAGCACUACAGUUACUACUGCGUCUUCAAUCCAAGAUUUAAACGGAGGAGGAGGAGGAGCUUUCGGUGUUAAUCCAUGGUGUAAUAAUGGGGUUGUGCUUUGUGUUGGUGAUCCAGAUCAAGAUCCUAUUAAUUCUUCAGCUGAUGGCGGCGAUGAUCACUCACUUGAAAAUCUUUAUGAAGAAUAUCUACAAGCGCUUCUCACAGACCAUCAUCACGAUCAUCAAAAUCAACUUGAAUUAGACUCAUUUGCCGAGUCACUGUUAAUCUGAAAAA